UUCAAUCUCAACCACGCCCCCUAGGGUUUAUCUAGGGUUGCUCAUCUCUAACGUUCUUGUAUUCCACCAAUGGCGAAGCCGACGAGAGCCCGUCGCUCACCUUCUGUCUCCGGCUCUGGUUCCUCUUCCCGUUCUCGGUCUCGCUCUUACUCCGGCUCAGAUUCCAAGUCCAGUUCUCGCUCUCGGUCCCUCUCUAGAUCUGCUUCUCCAUCCCGCUCGCGCUCCAAAUCUUUCUCAUCUUCCUCUCGUAGCGCUAGUUCUCGAAGUCGCAGCCCUCCUCAGCGUCGAAGUCAGGCUGACACAUCUAAGCGAGAUCGUUCACCUCCUCCACAAUCUAAGAAGACAUCUCCUGCUCCAAGGAAGACUUCUCCUAUCCGUGAAUCACUGGUUCUUUAUGUUGACUCACUGAGCAGAAAUGUUAAUGAAGGCCAUCUAAGAGAAAUAUUCGGUAAUUUUGGUGAAGUUGUAAAUGUGGAGCUUGCAAUGGACCGUGCUCUUAAUCUUCCAAGAGGGUAUGGCUAUGUUGAAUUCAAGACGAGAGCAGAUGCUGAAAAAGCGUUACUCUACAUGGAUGGUGCUCAGAUUGAUGGCAAUGUAGUAAGAGCGAAGUUUACUCUUCCUCCACGACCAAAAAUUUCUUCACCGCCAAAGCCAAUUGCUACUGCUACUAAAAGAGAUGCCCCCAAAUCUGAUAAUGUCAAUGCUGAUACUGAGAGGGGUGGGGCAAAACGACCACAAGAACCUUCUCCUCAACGCAAACCUCCACUGUCACCACGAAGGAGAUCUCCUGUGGGUCGAAGAGGUGGAUCUCCUAGAAGACCACCAGAGUCUCCACGGCGGCGGCUGGAUUCUCCUGUUCGUCGUCGUGGUGAUACACCUCCUAGGCGCCGGCCAGCCUCUCCUGCCAGAGGUCGUUCUCCAUUGUCCCCUCCAAGGCGACCUCGAUCUCCAGCAAGGACCUCUCCGCGUAGGAUGCGUGGUAGUCCAAUCCGAAGGCGUUCUCCACCUCCAAGGCGCCGUUCACCUCCUAGACGAGCCCGUAGCCCUCCAAGAAGGUCUCCCACCAAUCGUAGACGUAGCCCUUCUCCGAUUCGUAGACGGAGCCGUUCUCCAAUUCGUAGACCUCUGCGUUCUCGUUCAAGGUCAAUCUCACCCCCAAGAGGCAGAGGACCUGCAGCUAGACGGGGGAGAUCAUCAUCCUAUUCCCGAUCACCUAGUCCCCGGAAGGUCGGACGGAAGAUUUCAAGGAGUCGCAGUCCUAGGAGGCCAUUGAGAGGAAGAAGCAGUAACAGCAGCAGCAGCAGUUCGCCUCCUCGUAAGACGUAGACUACCUUUGCCCAUUUCCCUUGGAUGUAUUCGCCGUGUGAAUGAUGCUAUUGGAGAGAGUCGUAUCGACGUGCUUCCGUACAAUAUUCUUGCAACUUCAUUUGUGAUAAUACUUAACUGCAUCUUAACUAUGUCUUUGUCUUAACAUUUAA